AUGCAGCCGAGGCGCUGGGCAGGAAUAGCUGGGUCAGCCCUCUGUCCGAGCCGCACAGUUUUCCUCUGCCUGCGGCCCGAGGGGCCCGUUAUCUCCGAUCCCAUCUCUGUCACACCACCACCACAGAGGUGGUCUGUGGCACCGCGCUGCGCUCGGCCAGUAGUGACUUUCCAGCAGCAGUGUGUGCGUCUGCGACAGUACCUCACUUUCGUUCUUGUACGAAGUUUUUUAGUUAUGGAACACCUCAUUCAGAUAGUUCAGGACAACCCAGUGCUGUACGACACCAGUCAUCCGGAUUACAUGCGGAGUAAAUUGAAGGACGAAAUAUGGAAGAAGGUUGCAGAGGAAUUACAUUACAGCAAUUGGGAAACAGCGAAAGAAAAUUGGAGAAAACUUAGGGAUUGUCAUCGAGAUGCCCUCCGUAGACAGAAAAAGAAGAGUGGGCAAGCAGCGACCUCAGUCCGCCCAUGGCUGUACCAAAAUCAGAUGGAAUUUUUAGUUCCAUAUAUGGCCAACAGAGGUACUGUAACAAAUAUAAUGGAAGAGGUAAAUGCUACAACGAGCGUUGCAAAUGAUGGUGGAGGAGAUGACAUAACAGACACACAGAGGAACGAAACACAAGACGACUUGGGGACGCCAUUGUCAAAGAAGAAGAAGAAAGCAGAUGUCAGUAAAAUCAUUCUUGAAAGUAUUAACAGCUACGAGGAGAGAGCUAAGAAAAGAGACAUUUUACGCGAAAGGUCACUGCAUCAAGAAAAUGACGCCUUACACCAAUUUUUCAUGUCAAUGUACCUAUCGACAAAAGAGAUGCCAAAGGCGUACCAAGUGUUGGUAAAGAAAAAAGUGUUUCAGAUAGUAUCUGAAACGGAGGAGGAAAUUUUGACUAAAUCAGUGGCUCCACAUCAUUCAUCAAUACCAUCAUGCAGCACAGAAAAUAGUUCGUGUACCACGUCAAUAUCUGACUCUCCUGGUAUAGAGUUUGAACCUUCAGCACCACAUUUACUAUAA